AUGAAUCCCCAAAGUCCUUAUUAUAAUAGUGUCCAAAGUCCUUAUUCUAAUAUUAUUCCAAGGAUAAAAGGUGUUAAUGAAUCCCCAAAGAAGAGCACGACAAAAGUAAGUCGAGAAGGACGAGUAGGGCAUUGUAGUCUUUGUGGUAACGAAGGACACAACAUAAGAAGGUGUCCAAGCGAGUCUGAAGCGGAUAGGUCAAAGCGUAAGCGGCUGAAUGAGGAAGCACGAAUGCAAGCUCGAGUGGCAGCUCAAGUCGAAGGUGUUUCAUCAACUGCACCGCAAGCAAGCCAGCUUCAGUUCGAUGCUUAA